CCGCCGCAGUAACGGGACGAUGCCUACCGUGGAGGAGCUGUACCGUAACUACGGCAUCUUGGCCGACGCCAAGGAGACCGCGGGGCAGCACAAAGAUGCUUACCAGGUGAUCUUGGAUGGUGUCAAGGGUGGUGCCAAGGAGAAGAGACUUGCUGCACAGUUCAUUCCGAAGUUCUUCAAACAUUUCCCUGAGCUGGCAGAUUCAGCUAUCAAUGCCCAGUUGGACCUUUGCGAGGACGAAGAUGUUUCUAUCAGACGCCAAGCAAUCAAGGAGUUGCCUCAGUUUGCUACAGGGGACAACCUUCCUAGAGUGGCAGACAUACUCACUCAACUUCUGCAGUCAGAUGAUUCUGCUGAAUUUAAUUUGGUCAAUAACGCAUUGCUGAGCAUAUUUAAGAUGGAUGCUAAAGGAACACUGGGUGGCUUAUUCAGUCAGAUUCUUCAGGGAGAGGAUAUUGUGCGUGAGCGAGCGAUCAAAUUUCUCUCCACAAAACUCAAAACACUGCCCGAAGAGAUAUUAACAAAAGAAAUAGAGGAGUACAUAUUAACCGAAUCAAAGAAAGUGCUUGAGGAUGUAACAGGCGAGGAAUUUGUCUUGUUCAUGAAGAUACUAUCCAGCUUAAAAAGCUUGCAAACAGUGAGUGGAAGACAGCAACUUGUUGAACUGGUGGCUGAACAAGCUGAUCUGGAACAGACUUUCAAUCCAUCUGACCCUGACUGUGUGGAUAGACUGUUGCAGUGUACUCGUCAAGCAGUCCCACUUUUCUCUAAAAAUGUUCACUCCACAAGAUUUGUCACUUACUUCUGUGAGCAUGUGCUGCCAAAUUUGAGUUCUCUGACCACUCCAGUUGAAGGCCUCGAUAUCCAGUUAGAGGUACUGAAACUGCUUGCUGAAAUGAGUUCCUUCUGUGGAGACAUGGAAAAACUAGAAUCAAAUUUAAAGAAGCUUUUUGAUAAAUUACUGGAGUAUAUGCCACUUCCUCCAGAAGAAGCAGAGAAUGGAGAGAACGCUGGCAACGAAGAGCCAAAACUGCAGUUCAGUUACGUGGAGUGUUUACUAUAUAGUUUUCAUCAGUUGGGCCGUAAACUUCCAGACUUCCUGACUGCCAAGCUGAACACAGAGAAAGUGAAAGACUUCAAAAUCAGACUACAAUAUUUUGCUCGAGGUCUGCAGGUUUAUAUCCGGCAGCUUCGUUUGGCGCUCCAAGGCAAAACAGGAGAAGCAUUAAAAACAGAAGAGAACAAAAUUAAAGUGGUUGCAUUGAAAAUUACAAAUAACAUCAAUGUGUUGAUCAAGGAUCUCUUCCACAUUCCCCCUUCAUACAAGAGUACAGUUACACUUUCUUGGAAGCCUGUGCAAAAGUCUGAUGCUGGACAAAAAAGAGCCAGUGAUGACGCAGCUCCAGAUUUACCAGCGAAGAAAGCUCCAGCAGGACCAAAAAGGGAUGCCAGGCAGAUAUACAAUCCACCCAGUGGCAAAUACAGUAGUAACCUUGGCAACUUUUCUUAUGAACAGAGAGGUGGCUUUCGUGGUGGACGAGGGAGAGGAUGGGGAGGACGUAAUCGCAGUCGUGGAAGAAUCUAUUAAAAAAUGCAUUUUCCAUGGCCAUUGUGGCUAAAACAUCUUUAAAGUUUGAAGGAUUGACUGGAGCGCUGCAUUGCUUGAUGGACUGCCUUCUGCAAGAGACUGAUAUAAAUGUUCUUAUACCUUUGUAUGUAUGAUCUACUUUUCUAACGGACUACAAACUCAUCCACAGUGAAGCUACAACUGUAUUUUUGGAUGCUUAGCAUCUGGCAUUUUGGUUGUGUUUCUUUUUUUUAAGCAUCUUCAUGAUC